CUUAUAUCCAAUAACUUUCAUUGACUGAAAGUUCAGCUCUUUUUUUUUCUUUUUUUUUCUCCUUGUUUAUUCUGGCGGCCAGGCCGUUCAGCUGGCCAGAUCCAGAUCUCAAAGUAAAUAGGUCGUCGUAAGACCACCGAGGACAUUUUAUUCCUAUUCUUUUGAGUCUCAUUCUUUCAUACUUAAGCUCUCAGUCGUUCACUACAACACUGUCUCUAUUCUCCCUAUCUACCUGGUACAUCUGUUCGUAUUCCUUAUCGAGUCUUACACACGCAACGCACACGAUGAACCGAGCAGCGGUGAAGCAGCUUUGCCUGUUUCAUAGUGCUGUGAGCGUAGCGUCACGGCAAGCGGCGAGAAGAUGGCGGCCUGGUGUAACUGAGAUGAAGCAGUACAGAUGGAGACAAGCAACAGGAAGUAGACCGCAUCUCAUCCAGACUCGAUAUCUCAAUACAACACCAACAAGCCCAGAAGAAAAUGAAGAUGUGCAAUCAGGCACAUAUAGCGAAGCCGAUCAUGAGCACGCUGUUAUUUCAACUUUUGAUCUCUUCUCGAUUGGCAUUGGUCCUUCCUCGUCGCAUACGGUCGGACCAAUGCGUGCCGGUGGCAUCUUCGUUGCUGAUCUGGCUGAGGCUGGCUUACUAGACAAAGUACACAUGAUACGCAUAUCGAUUUAUGGUAGUCUUGCUCUCACCGGCGAGGGCCAUAUGACACCAUCCGCGCUACUUCUGGGUCUUGAGAGCGCAGACGUAGAGACUGUCGACACAGCCUACGUACCUACUCGCUUUGCGCAGAUAAAGGAAACCAAGAAGCUAUUCUUGGGCCACGGUCUACCAGACGGUAAAGGUAAAGAAAUUGACUUCAAUUAUGAGCGCGACUUCAAAUGGGAAUGGGGCAAGAAACUGCCCCUGCAUAGUAAUGGAAUGCGCUUUAUGGUCUUCGACGACCAAGGGAUGCUUCUGGCAACCAACGAUUUCUUUAGCGUGGGUGGAGGUUUCGUCGUGAACGGCGCGCUUUCAACGGCGACUAGUGCAGCAGCAGUAUCAGCAAGGAACAUUACUGAUCAGCCUCAGGCUGAUACGAAAGACCUUCAAACGGAAAACACAAGCAGACACCCGGCUGACUUGGCGGAGAAUUUAUUUUACAAGGAGAUCAGACGAUCAGAUGCGGCGGGAGAUCGCAGAACUGGCUUCGAGGUUAAGUCACUUGACGGCGACACUCCCGAUGAGUCCAAGGCCGUAACGACCCCAGGGGCAGCCCCAGCAAGCUCUCCUGUCUCACCUACAGCAUCAGGAUCUGAAGCUGUUGGCAUCGAAGCAACCUCACAGCAACCGCGCUAUCCAUUUCGCGACGCUCGUAGUCUCUUAGCAUUAUGCAAUAAGCAUAACUUGACUAUUGCGCAAUUGGUGUAUGAAAACGAGAAAAGCCACGGAUAUACAGACGACGAGAUUUAUAGAAAGGUGAUGAGUAUCUGGCAAGUCAUGGAUAAUAGCAUAUUGGAAGGUGUUCAAGCUCCGGCCGAUGCCACAUUACCGGGCUCGCUUAAGCUACACAGGCGGGCGCCGGGAUUGUACAAACGACUAACAAGGGGGCUCUACCCUUCUCAUAGUCAAGCUCCUAGCACAGCCGAUCAGCAGGGUCAGUUGUCUGCUCCAAAUGGCGAUAAUGGCGACGCAUCAUCUACUACUACUACAAACAUAUCUAUAUCACCAAAGUCGAAAACGCUGGGACUAGGAAGUAUUACCAAGAAAGGCCCUAAGCGCAUGAUCGGUUCCAUCUAUCACCCAGUUAUGCCGUCGCCUCCGCGUCGUACUACAUUUCCCGCCAUGGAUUAUCUAACCGUCUACGCAAUUGCUGUCAACGAAACUAACGCGGCUGGGGGUCGGAUCGUAACUGCACCAACCAACGGCGCCGCAGGUAUUAUCCCGGCCGUGCUCAAGUACACAGUCGAGUUCAUUAGCGACGAUCCGGAGCGCGACGUCCUGACUUUUCUCCUCACCGCGGCGGCAAUUGGCAUGCUAUAUAAGCGUGGUGCCACCAUCUCGGCGGCUGAGGGGGGCUGCAUGGCUGAGGUCGGCGUAGCCUGCUCGAUGGCAGCCGGGGCAUUUGCAGCCUGCAUGGGCGCCAGCCCCGAGACGAUCGAACAGGCGGCCGAGAUUGGGAUUGAGCAUAACCUCGGGUUGACGUGCGAUCCUAUCGGGGGCUUAGUUCAGGCCCCGUGCAUCGAGCGCAAUGCCCUAGGCGCGAUCAAGGCGAUCUCGAGCGCGAACCUGGCUCUCAGCAGCGAGGCUAGCGCUUCGAAAGUCAGGCUCGACGACGCUAUCCGCGCCAUGCGCGUUACUGCCCAAGGCAUGCGGAACGAAUUCAAGGAGACGAGCCUGAGCGGACUGGCUACGAGCGUACCGCUUAAUAUCCCCGUCAGUGUACCUGACUGCUGAUGGACAGUGGUCGGUCUGCUACUUCGACUAUUUCUUUCUAUGUCCUCAAGUGUGAGAAGGGCACAAAUACGUUCACCAUAUAAUAUUUGGUUGAGCUUUUCGAUCUAUGCUCAAGACCGUCUAUCGCGACCUUUUUAAAAGCUUUCAUUUGUUGGCAUAAAUGCAGUAUAUACCUGUGCCCUUCUCGCACUCGAGGACAUACGUACACAAUAAAACAAGGGGAAAACACAACUGAGGCAAGCGGGCUUGGAGGCGAUAGGUAACCCGCUCACGGUUCUAUAAAAAUAGAUAUAGAGAUG